GGAACAAAGAAGGAAGGCCCUCAACACCCAAACCUCCAGAAUGCAAAGUGCAGAAAGUUCAAGACUUAAUCAAUCAGAAGAGGUGGAAUAGAGUGGAAGUGUUCAGAACUUUUAAUAGUGAGGAUGCUGAAAGAAUCCUAAGUAUUCCUAUCAGCUUAGUAGGAAAGGAGGACCGUAAUUUCUGGAUGCACUCUCCUACGGGGUAGUACACAGUGAGCACAGGUUACAAGGUACUUAUGAAAGAGAAGGAAACACAAGAAAGGCUUGGCUAUAUGGGUGCUGGUCCUAGUACACACAAUGCAGCAAAACAGAUGUGGUCCUGCCUAUGGAAACUAAACAUCAAACAGAAACUGAAAACCUUCAUGUGGAAAUGCAUCAAUAAUGCUCUCCCAGUCAAGGAAGUAAUCUUUAGUAGGUCUAAGAAAGGAGAUCCCAUCUGUAAAGCAUGUGGUGAAGGGGUAGAGACGGUGGAACAUGUGCUGCUGAACUGCAGACAGGCUAACCAGGUUUGGCAUAUAGCACCAACACAAUGGGGGGGUGCUAAGGACAAACAAGGCUGUUUUAAGGCCUGGUGGACUGAAAUUACAGGAGCCAAAUCUAGGCAGGAUGGUGAAGACCACCUUGCUCUAACAGUUAACAUCUUGUGGCAAGUAUAGAAAAGCAGAAAUGAGUGGGAAUUCAACAACAAACAAAGGCAUGCAAUGACAACUAUACAGAAAGCUCAAGAGGAAUGGAUGGAGUUCAGCAAAGCCUACAAACAGCAGGAGCAAGUGAGCACAGCAGAAACAGCUGCUUACCAAAUGCAAAGGAUAGAAGCAGAGAAUGCAGAGCUUGGGCUAUACAUGAAAGAAGCUACAAAUGUCCACAAUUGGACGAGGCCGAGGCUAUUAAGAUAGCUAUGAGUAAAUUAGUUGUCAAAGGCUGGAGAAAAGUCAACAUCCAGAGCUGCAACAAACACCUACAUCAGCAAAUCAGUGCGGGUUGUCAUAUUGUUGAAUAUGGGGACAUACUUGAAAAGGAUUCUAGCAUUCCUUUUGGGCAAUUUUCUAAUGCUAAUGGAAGAGAAUACGCGAAUGGUCUGAUAAGGAUGGAACCUGUGGAUAAUAUAUCGCUUCUGGCUCAAAAAAUUCUCUCCCCUCCUUUUGAUUACUCAAGGUCAAAAAUUUCAAGUUCCAUUUUUCAAAUUUCAGCAUCUGACUCUCCAUGUUCAUCUUUGCAGUUGUCUAAGAAUUUUACUAACUUCCAGAAUUCCCAGAAUGCCUAUGAGAAAUGCAUCCUGGCACGUGAUUCUAGCGUUAAUGGUUCUUUAUCUGUAACAAAAUCUCCUGCUUUGGUGAUUAGACCACCAGUAACCCAAAAAGCAGGCAAAACUGUUGAUACUGCCAUUCAUCUGAAAGGAGGACUGGGUAGCAGUUGUCCUGCUAAAGGAAAAGAACAUCAGAUUUUGUUUGAUCAUGAAGUUGAAGAAGGUUCCUUAAUCUCAAGUCAGCUCAAGCAUCAGAAAGAAGGUAAUGGCCAGCUAUUUUUUGUACCAUCUGCUGUGACGGAGGAACUAUCAUGCAAUCUCCAGAUUUGGGAUGGCGUAAAUAGUAUUUCAAAAUCAAAAUCUGGAUCACAAGUCCCAAGUAUUAAUGGCUUAGAUGAUUCUUCACUGUCAGGAGACUGCUUUCAAGCUAUCAAGUCUUCUGACAAUGUUCCAGAUUCUGUAGAUCAUCAUAAUUUUGCUGUGAAUUCUCCCUGCCGGAAAGGAACCCCAGCUUCUCACUUCUCUCCAUUGGAUGUGGAAACCGAAAAAACACAUCCAUUUGAAAACAAAGUGGACAGAUAUUGUCAGUUGGAUCUUCAAGUUGAUGGGUGGUUUUCUCUGCCAAAUGAUUCUAAAAGGUGCUCAUCCGAAAAAGCAGGGGAAGACAAAGUGCACGACUGUAGCAGUGCAGGGAGAGGCAUCUCACAUAUUUCAGAAGCUGAUUGCACUGCCAGACAAGUGAAGUCAAUUGAUGCUGUAAAAGCCAGAUUUAAAGGCCCAAGUGAAGGAGUUCAACCUUGUGAGGCUUACAAUAAGCCUAGAGAAGAUUGCAACCUGCAGGCACACUCAAAGAAUGAUUCUGAUUUGAAAUCUUCAGGCAUCAAACAACUUGGAGUCGAAGAUUUUACCCCUUCAGUUCUGAAUUUUCACUCUUCAGUUAUGGACUCUCUGUUGAACACCAGUGUCACUGCAGAGGGUUCUGUUGCUGUUCGUGCAGCUGAAAAUGUUCUUUGUUCUCCUUCCUCUGAAGAAUGUGCUGCUGAGCAAGCAACACAGUAUGGACGUAAAUCAGCUUCCAAAAUAGAUGUUCAAUUAUUAGUUAAAGCAUUGCAAAACCUUUCGGAGUUGCUUGUCUUCAACUGUAUAACUGAUUCAUCUGCACUAAAAGAUGAAGACUUAGAGGCCGUUAAGCUUGUAAUGAGCAAUCUGGAUGUGCUUGCUUCAAGGAAAAAGGAGUAUUUCAUUCAACCACAAGAGCGAAUAUUUCGGCAGCAAGUUACUUGUCAUAAAAUUCAAAACUCGCUUGAUCCUCAUGUGAGCAAUGCUGCAGGCAGACAUCAGUUUCAAAAUGAAGUGGGUACAAAUUCUCAUUGCCAUCUUGAUUUUCAAAAUACCCAUGAUGAGAUGGGGAAUCACAAUGUUACCCAGGAAAAAAAUGAGAAGCUUCAGCCCCUUUCUCCUGUAACAGAUGGUUUAGAAGUAUUGAAAGAUGAUAAUAUGGUCCAGGCAAUAAAGAAGGUCCUCGAGGAAAAUUUUCAUUCUGGGGAAGAAAUGGAUUCACAAGGUCAUCUUUUUAAGAACUCAUGGCUUGAGGCUGAAGCUAAAUUGUGUUCCAUUAGUUACAGAGCUCGCUUUGAUAGGAUGAAGAUUGAGAUGGAGAAAUUGAAAUCCAACCAGAAAAAAGAAAAUGCAGCUGCUUCGGAGAAUAUGUCAACUUCUAGUUCACAUGACUUGAGAAUAUCUGAUGUGCCACCACCUAAGGUUGAUGGCUCGCUGCAAAAGACUACAAUCUGCAGCUCGAGUUUGAGCUCAACCAGUAAUCCUAAUGACGUUGAGGCCUCUGUUAUGACCAGACCCCAUAUCUUAAAAUGCCGUGAUGACUCAAAAAGUCCGAACUUGGUAAGAGAAGAUGCAGUUAUGGCUGAUGAUCUCUGUUCGGAUGAGAUGCCAUUUGUUAAAGACCAAUUGCUGGAUGGAAGACUCAAUCUAGCUGUGGCACCUAAUUCUCAAAAAAAAUAUGAUAUUAAUCAAGGGCAGGCUGACUUGAAUAUAGGUUGUUCCUGAAAUGAAGCAGUCAAAGAUGAUUUGAGCUCAAAUAGGAAUAUCGAUGAUGUUGAUGCGGCCAUUAUGACCAGAUUCAGUAUCUUAAAAUGCCGCGAUGACAUGAAAGGUACAAAUUCGGUAGGGGAACAUGCAGGUUUAGUUGAUGCUGUCUAUUCUGAUAUCAUGCGGUUUAGUAAAGAUCAAUCGGAGGAUGGUGGAUUAAAUUUAGCUGUGGAACCUGAUUCUCUCAAAACAGGUGAUGUUAACCAAGGCCAUGUUAGCUUUCAUGUUGGUGGUUCUGGAUAUGAAUUGGUAAGAGACUUU